AUCCAUCCCCACCGUUUCCUACAGUGUGUCCCACCUUAGUUCUGGAUCUACCUCCUUUUUCACGUCGUUGCGGAACUGAUGGACGGUGUGGAAUUCACAGGAACGUUUCGGUGGGCCCCACAAAGCUUCCGUCUGCAGGGACUCCCUGUAGGCCGGAGGUUAACUGGAAAUUCGCGUCCCGCGCUGCGAAAUUCCCGCAAGCAUUUUCGAUUUCCUUCGAUUGAGAAAAUCCUCAACGAACGAAUGUUGGAAAACGGUGAGGGGGAUGUUUGUAAUAAAAUAAAAAAACAGGGAGGGAGGCAGAGAGAUUCUCGUAGCAGCGAUUCCUCGUCGACGAGGACGACGACGACUCUGCAAUGGCAGAGGCUUCUGAUGCGAAUCGGAUCGUCGAAUGUGGUCGUCUUCUCCAGCGGUUUUUGGACACUGCCGAGAAAGGCGGAGCGGUCGACGAGGGUUCGUUUCGCGAAACCUGUUCUGAGGCAAUCUCAUUGCUUCUCUCGAAUCAGGGCUCUGAUUCCAAAUCAAAUAGAGAAGGCUUGUCACAGCUGUUGCAUCUUCUUUGCUGGUGUCCUGCUUACAUUUUAACACCAGAAGCAAUGGAAACUGGAGUAUUUAAUUGGACUUCGAUUCUUUCUGCAGCACCUCAGUUGGGGUCUGAUCUCCUUCAAGAGCUUGUUGGUGCAUGGCUGUGGACUAUAAAAAAAAGACGUGGUUUAUUUGCAUGUGGAAUGAGAUAUUCUGGGCCUGCUGGGAAAUUGAGACCUCAUGUUACACAUGGGGAGCCACAAACACCACCUGAAAAGGAUCCCGUAGAUGGCAUAAUGGCUCAUAGAUUAUGGCUUGGGUUUAUCAUUGAUCAUUUCAAGGUGGUUCAAAAUGAUACUUUUGAGUUGCUUCUGAAAAUGCUAAAAGAAACUAUGGAACCCACAGAUCAUUUCUCACGACAUCCUGCUGCUGCCGGUACCUUUUUCACUGUCAUGCUUCUUGGACUUGAGAUCUGCUCAUGCCAACAUCUGAAAAAUUUGCAGAACUGGGGAACUGAACUUCAUUUGCUAGAGAACCUCAUCUAUCGAGCCUCUUUGGGUUGGUUUGCUUAUGAACCAGAAUGGUAUGACAACAAUGAUAAGACUUUUGCUCAGAACGAGGCUCAGUCUGUUUCCAUAUUUGUCCAACAUCUCUCGGGGGUGUCCUCCAUGACGGAAAACUUUGACCCUAUCCCUUUAUCCUGCUUCUGUGCUCCAUCUUGUCUUAUGAAUCAAAGAGUGGCUUUACCUCAAAAGAAUUCUCCUGAGGAAGAACCGGCACGUGAAAAUCAUAAGCCCGUCGGCGGCGAAAUUCAGGACUCUUCCGUGGAACAAGAAAAACAGAAACAAUUACUGUUGAUGUUAUGCCAGCACGAGGUUGACAGGCUUAAUGUGUGGGCACAACCUGUACAUUCCAAGAAAAGUACAUUCUCUCAUUCUAAAAUUAACUCAGAGAAGUGGAUUGAAUAUGCCGGGACUGCAUUUUCUGUGGAUCCGCGGAUUGCUUUGUCCCUGCCCUCAAGGUUCCCAGCAAAUUCUUCUUUGAGGGUUGAAGUAACUCGGUUAGUUCAACUUGACAAAUUAAAACUCUGUAAAGUACCUGAAGCGUUGCCUUUCCUUAUUACUCCAGAGACUGUUGAUGAAAACUCAGUAUUAUUACAGCAAUUGUCAGAUUGGGAUCCUUGUUCAAUUACACAGGCUCUUAAGUUCCUUGCUCCUCCAUAUAAGGGUCAUUCAAGUAUCAUGGGUUAUGUUCUUGGAGUUUUAAAGUCAUAUCCUCCUGAGAUGGUCAAUUUUUUUAUGCUGCAGCUUGUACAGGCUCUCCGAUAUGAUGAGGGGAAGUUACUAGAAAAUUAUUUGCUUGAAGUAGCUCAAAGUAGUGAGAUAUUUGCGCAUAGCUUGAUAUGGCAUCUUCAGGGUUCUGAUCUCCAGCAGAAAGAUAAAGGAAAGAAAAAACGAGGUUCUACUUUGACAUCAAAAGAUUCCUCUUUUGAAGCAUUGUUACCUAAUCUCAGGCAAAGGAUCAUUGAUAGCUUCUCAUCUAAGGCUACCCAGGACUUGUUUCAACAUGAGGCUGAGUUUUUUGACAAAGUCACAUCUAUUUCUGGUGUUCUCGUUCCACUACCAAAGGAAGCACGUCGAGCUGGCAUUCAGAGUGAAUUGGAGAAAAUAAAAUUGGAAAGGAGUGACAUAUAUCUACCUACUGCUACAAACAAACUUGUACAUGGCAUUCAGUUGGAUAGUGGGAUCCCUUUACAAUCUGCCGAAAAAGUUCCAAUUAUGAUCACAUUUGAUGUGGUGGACAGGGAUGGAAAUCACGAUGAUGUAAAGCCACAAGCCUGCAUCUUCAAGGUUGGUGAUGAUUGUCGACAGGAUGCUCUUGCUCUUCAAGUGAUUUCACUCCUUAGAGACAUUUUCGAAGCAGUUGGACUUAGUCUCUAUCUAUUUCCAUUUGGCGUUAUUCCAACUGGUCCCGGGAGCGGCAUAAUCGAGGUGGUCCCUAAUGCGCGGAGCAGGAACCAGAUGGGCAAAACCGCACAUGCUGGUCUGUAUGAAAUUUUUCAGCAGGAAUACGGUGCAGUUGGUUCUGCCGGUUUUGAGGCUGCCCGUAAUAACUUCAUCAGCAGCAGUGCCGGUUAUGCCAUUGCCAGCCUUUUGCUUCAAAUUAAGGACCGAAACAGUGGCAAUCUCCUUUUUGACAAUGUGGGAAGGCUUGUCCACAUUGAUUUCGGAUUUCUCUUGGGGACAUCACCCGCCAAUAACAUGGGCAUUGAACGUGCACACUUUAAGCUUAGUCGCGGCAUGACUAAAUUGCUUGAUCCAUCUGGAGUGAUGAAAAGCGACACCUGGAUCCAAUUUGUUAGGUGCAUGGUUGUAUACAAUGUUCAAAUUGUCAACGAUAAUAUCAAUCUUAUUGCAAUAUUAUGUUAUCACAACAUGGGUGAUAUCAAGACCACAAUCUUUCGUUUUCUUUCCCAUUGUCAAUGAUUUCUUGGCGAAAUAGUCUUGUCGAUAUUCUGAAAUAUCGACGGAUGUUUGGAUGGAAAGUUGGAUGGUUGGAUUGAUUUCUUACAACAACACAUGCUUUUAGUUGGCCAUUAAAUGAAAACUUAUUUUGCAUGUUUUUUUUUUUUUUGCAACUUUUUUAUCCCUGAAUAUGCAAAUAUGUGUAUUUUAGCAUCUCCUGAGUUUCACUUAAAAAUUCCACCAUUUUCCCUCAAAAAGUUUCCCCUCAUUUCUAGUUAUCGGCAUUUAUAAUGGUGAUAUCGAUAUUGUUUCUGUAUCCCCGGCCAGAGAAACUUGUAGUGAUACUGAUACUUCGAACACUAGGUGCGUGACCCACACGAGUCUAUGAAUGUGCUGAUUUUUGGGAAUCUGUUUCUCCUGGUGUAGCACUUUAGAUGAGUGGAUUGGAUGAGAAAUACACACCAUGGUUUUUUGAACCCCCCACAAUUUGGAUGAUUUUAAUGGGGGGACUUCCCAUCUUAAUUGUUUCCAUGCGUAGCCCACCCAGGCGUUGAAUUGGCCUGAUUUUUAUGCCCCUGUCCAAAUAAAGGGUUUGUCACCUGAUGGACCAGGUGGAUUCAUCUACAUGAAGUCAUUCUAGCCAUGUCAGCGAAAGCCACAACCCACAUCUGCCUGCAAAAAUCACACAAACCUUUCCCAUAAUUUCUCUAAACUAUGAUCUCUAAUACAUAACCACUGUUAACUAAAAUGGCAUGAAAUCAUUUCUAAGUGGGCCUAGGGACAAGUAACUUAAAACCUUUUUUUUUUUUUUUGAAAGAUUCCUGAAAAUGUGU